ACUUCCUGGCCGGAUCGCCACCGCCGUGAUCCUGCAAUCGCCUCACGCUCUCCCGAGCUCUAGGUCACUCAAGAACCCGAGCUCUGAGGACGAUGCUCUGGCUCUUGUGCAGCUCCUGGGCGGCGGCUCCCUUGCUCAGCUCUCCAGGGCUAGUUUUUGUCGGCUGGCUGUGGCUGCACCACCUUGGACUCCCCGUGACGCUAGCGUCUUCCUUCCUGACAGGUUCUGUUGCAAAAUGUGAGAAAGAGGGAGAAAUUAUACAGAUCCCAUCUAUUACAGACAACCCUUGCAUAAUGUGCAUUUGCUUGAACAAGGAAGUGACAUGCAAACGUGAGAAGUGCCCUGUACUUUCGAAGACAUGUGCUCUGGUUAUUAAGCAAAGAGGAACAUGCUGUGAGAGAUGUAAAGGUUGCAGUUUUGAAGGAAGUUCAUAUAACAGCUCAGAGUUAUGGCAGAGUCCAAAUAAACCCUGUUUUACACUACAAUGUCAGGAAGGAGUGAUAACAGAGUCUGAGAUUCAGUGUAUUGUUCAUUGUACAAAUCCUUACAAGGAACCAGGGAUAUGUUGCCCCAUAUGUCCAGGUUGCACACUUGAAGGUAGACAUUUCUCUGAAGGUGGGAAAUUUCAUCCUGAUGGGAACAAAUGCAUCACAUGUACUUGUAUUGAUGGAAGGACACAUUGUAUACAGGAAGUGUGUCCCAUUCUUUCAUGUCCUCAACAUCUCAGUCACACACCUUCUGGCCAGUGUUGCCCAAAAUGUGUAGGGCAGAGGAAAGUAUUUGAUCUCCUGUUUGGAAGCUGUCUCUUUCAUAGUGAAGUUUAUGACAAUGGAGCCUCCUUUAUGUAUGACAACUGUACUACGUGUACAUGCAGGGAUUCCACUGUGGUAUGUAAGAAAAAAUGCUCUCCUCCCAGAGGUUGUAUCAAAGCCAGAGGAGAGUGCUGCAAAGAGUGCCUCUUAUAUGUGUCUCCUGAGGAAACGAAAGUGUGCAAGUUUGGAAAUAAAAUCUUCCAGGAUGGAGAGAUAUGGCCCUCUAUUAACUGUACCAUCUGUGCCUGUGUGAAAGGCAAGACAGAAUGUCGCAAGAAGCAAUGUAUUCCAGUCAGCAGCUGCCCUCAUGGAAAGAUCCUCAACCGAAAAGGAUGCUGCCCCAUUUGCACUGAAAAGCCUGGAGUUUGCACUGUAUUUGGAGACCCCCACUACAACACUUUUGAUGGGCGGACAUUUAACUUUCAGGGAACAUGUCAGUAUGUUUUGACAAAAGACUGCUCUUCCACCACCUCACCUUUCCAGGUGCUGGUAAAGAAUGAUGCCCGAAGGACUCGUUCUUUUUCCUGGACAAAAUCUGUAGACCUUAUGCUGGGCAGCAGCACUGUCAGCCUCCACCAGCAUCUCACAGUGAAGUGGAAUAGAACUCGCAUUUCUCUACCAUAUGAGACACCACAUUUUCACAUUGACUUGGAAGGAUAUCUGUUGAAAGUGACAACCAAAGCAGGACUAGAAAUCUCUUGGGAUGGAGACAGUUUUGUUGAAGUUAUGGCUGCCCCGCAUCUUAAAGGUCGGCUUUGUGGUCUGUGUGGCAACUAUAAUGGACAUAAGAGAGAUGAUCUGAUUGGUGGUGAUGGUCAUUUUAAGUUUGAUGUGGAUGACUUUGCUGAGUCCUGGCGUGUGGAAUCAAAUGAAUUCUGUACUCGUCCUCCAAGGAAGCAAUUUCCUGAAUUGUGCCAAGGAACUGUGAGAAUAAAACUCCGUGUUCAUCGGGAAUGCCAAAAGCUCAAAGCAUGGGAUUUUCAGAUUUGCCACUCAACUGUGGACUACACUGUGUUUUAUCGAUCCUGUGUGACAGAUAUGUGUGAGUGCCCAGUUCAUAAACACUGCUAUUGUGAGUCAUUUCUAGCUUAUGCUAGAGCUUGUCAGAGAGAAGGUCUGAAGGUCCAUUGGAAACCUGAAGAAAAUUGUGCUGGAACCCAAUGUAAAUAUGGUGCAGUUUAUAACAUGUGCGGUCCUGGUUGUGUGAAGACUUGUGCCAAUUGGAAUGAGAUUGGUCCCUGCAAUAAACCCUGUGUUGCAGGAUGCCAUUGUCCUGCCAACUUAGUCCACCACCAAGGAAGAUGCAUCAAACCCACUCUCUGUCCACAGCGGUGACAUUCGCUGUCACUCCAAGGACACUGAACUUGAUAUCUUGAGUCCAUUUUGAAGCUCAUAGCCAUUAAGGACUGCAGAGUUUGUUGGCAGAUCUUACAAAACUCUCUUCCAAAGAGAAAAGGAAAUGUCUGUGCCUAUGAAUGUAUAUCUAUAUGGAAAUUUACAUCAAUACAAGCAUAUGUGCAGUUCUAUAUAUACUGUGUAUAUGUGAGACUGAGAAUAUAUGUGUGUGUAUGUAUGUGUGCACACAUGCAAAAAGAGUAGAUAUAAAAUUGCCAUAUCCAUUAGCAUCAAUGAACUAAAUGAAAUCGUAUCCAUCCACAUUGUGUGAAGCACCAUGCACUGAAGUCCAAAAGCCAUUGUUAAAUCUAGUUGGCAUAGCAUAACCUUACUAUGUGGUCAUUCUAUGCCACUUCAGCAAGAGGUUAUCCCUCUUUUCUCUGGGUUUUUGCAUCAUUUAUAUCAAUCAUAGGAAUG